AUGGAUCUCAUCACCCGCGCGAAAGACCUAGCAACAAAUCCCCACAACACGAAAUGGACAAUCCCCCUCCAACUCCUCGGCGACGCGAUCCUGUGCGGAUUGAUCGUGUGGAAGAUUCCCUACACCGAAAUCGACUGGAAAGCCUACAUGCAACAAAUCACAAUCUACAUCGCCGGCGAACGCGACUACGCCAAAAUCUCCGGCGACACCGGCCCGCUCGUCUAUCCCGCCGCACACGUCUACAUCUACCGGGCGCUCUACUACCUCACGGAUUCCGGCACGGACAUCUUCACGGCGCAGCUCAUCUUCAUCGGCCUGUACGUCGCGAGUCUGUACUUCGUGAUGCAGACGUACCGGCAGGCGGGCGUGCCGCCGUGGGUGUUUCCGUUGUUGAGUUUGAGUAAGCGGGUGCAUUCGAUUUUUGUGCUGAGGUUGUUUAAUGAUUGUUUUGCGGUGGCGGGGUUGUUUGCGGCGGUGGGGCUUUGGCAGAGGCGGUGGUGGACGGUGGGGACGUUGGUGUAUAGUGUUGGGGUUGGGGUCAAGAUGAGUUUGUUGUUGUGUUUGCCGGCGGUGGGCGUGGUGCUUUGGCAGGCGAUGGGGAGGGAUCGGGCGUUUUAUCAGGCGCAGAGUAUUUUGCAGGUGCAGACGUUGAUUGCGUCGCCGUUUAUCAUUGGGGGUUUGAAGAGCUAUGUUACGAGAGCGUUUGAGUUGUCGCGAACGUUCAUGUUCAAGUGGACUGUCAACUGGCGCUUCGUGGGAGAAGAGCGCUUCUUGGGUCGGCCUUUCUCUCUCCUCCUGAUCGCAGUCCAUCUGUCUCUGCUCUACACCUUUGGAGCAGGGAGAUGGCUGGCACCUUCAGGUUGGAGCGUCCCAGAUGCGUUCGACAAGCUAAUCGAACCUCCGCCAAAGGAAGAACAAGCACGCAUUGCGCGCAGAGUGACUCCCAACUUCAUCUUGACCGCAGUUCUCUCGUCGAUGAUCAUUGGCUGUCUAUGCGCGAGGAGCUUGCACUACCAGUUCUUCGUGUACAUUGCAUGGUCGACACCUUUCCUGCUUUGGAAGAGCAGUAUGCAUCCAGUCCUGAUAUAUGCGAUCUGCAUGGCGCAAGAGUGGGCGUGGAAUGUGUAUCCAAGUACCAAUGCAAGCUCACUCGUAGUAGUGAGCUGCUUGGCCACCACAGUCGGCAGCGUCUGGAUAGGAACGAGUCCAUAUCUGGCUGCAAAGAAGGAUGAGGCAGCCGAGAAGCCUCAACACGAGCAUGCAGAAUAG